UCUUCUUCUCACACAAAUUCUUUUCAUUUACAAUAUAAAGAAAAUAUAAUAAUUUUCAAGAAAAUGAGAGAAAUUCUACACAUUCAAGCUGGACAAUGCGGAAACCAAAUCGGUGCAAAAUUUUGGGAGGUUGUUUGUGAUGAACAUGGAAUCGACGCGACGGGAAAAUACAACGGUAACACUCAUGUUCAACUAGAGAGGGUGAAUGUGUACUAUAACGAGGCAAGUGGUGGAAGAUAUGUCCCAAGGGCCGUCUUGGUUGAUCUUGAGCCCGGUACUAUGGACAGUCUGCGUGUCGGGCCCUAUGGAAAAAUUUUCCGACCCGAUAACUUCAUUUUUGGCCAAAAUGGCGCGGGAAAUAAUUGGGCUAAGGGGCAUUACACCGAAGGGGCCGAGUUGGUUGAUGCAGUCCUUGAUGUUGUUCGUAAAGAAGCCGAAAAUUGUGAUUGCUUACAAGGAUUUCAAGUGUGUCAUUCACUUGGAGGGGGUACGGGAUCUGGUAUGGGAACCUUGUUGAUAUCAAAGAUCCGAGAGGAAUAUCCUGAUCGGAUGAUGCUGACCUUUUCGGUCUUUCCAUCACCAAAGGUGUCGGAUACGGUGGUUGAGCCGUAUAACGCUACUCUUUCCGUCCAUCAACUCGUCGAAAACGCCGACGAAUGUAUGGUUCUUGAUAACGAGGCAUUGUAUGAUAUAUGUUUCCGAACACUCAAACUCACCAAUCCAAGUUUUGGUGACUUAAACCACUUGAUAUCAACCACCAUGAGUGGUGUCACUUGUUGUCUCCGGUUCCCGGGCCAACUGAACUCUGACCUACGAAAGCUCGCGGUUAACCUAAUCCCAUUCCCCCGGCUCCACUUCUUCAUGGUGGGGUUCGCCCCACUAACCUCGCGCGGAUCCCAACAAUACCGCGCCCUAACCAUCCCAGAGCUCACCCAACAAAUGUGGGACUCCAAAAACAUGAUGUGCGCCGCAGACCCACGCCACGGACGCUACCUCACAGCGUCCGCUAUGUUCCGCGGCAAAAUGUCCACAAAAGAAGUGGACGAACAAAUGAUCAAUGUACAAAACAAAAACUCCUCAUAUUUCGUCGAAUGGAUCCCCAACAAUGUGAAGUCAAGCGUGUGUGACAUCCCUCCGACGGGGCUGGCAAUGUCGUCGACGUUUAUGGGGAAUUCGACGUCGAUUCAGGAGAUGUUUAGGCGAGUUUCGGAACAGUUUACGGUUAUGUUUAGGAGGAAGGCUUUCUUGCAUUGGUAUACAAGUGAAGGUAUGGAUGAGAUGGAGUUCACGGAGGCCGAGAGUAAUAUGAAUGAUUUGGUGUCGGAGUAUCAACAAUAUCAGGAUGCAGUGGCUGAUGAUGGUGAUGAAGAUGUGCAUGAAGAAGAUGAGGAAGAGGAGAAUUUAUAAGUGUAAAAUAUGGGCAUGGUUAUUUGUUAUUUUUAUUAUUAUUAUUAUUAUUAUUAUUAUUAUUAUUAUUAUUAUUAUUAUUAUUAUUAUUAUUAUUAUUAUUAUUUUAUUUUUGAGUUUUUGUUUUGUGGGUGUGGUAAGAGUUUUGGGGAAUUUGGGGUGUUUACAAUUUGUUUUGGUGAUAUAUUAUUAUUGAUGUAUAUUUCUGCUAUUAUAUGUUGAUGUUUGUUAUGAAUAAAAUAAUUUUUAAGAUAGA